AUGAUGUUUUCUUUCAUCUGGCUACUGAUUUUAACCUAUGCCGGGCUAGUCAGCCCGGCGGACGUUUAUUCGUCUUCUCAGGUCCGCAGCAUCUUCAUUUUGGCCGGACAGAGCAACAUGUCCGGCAGAGGCGGCGUGGUAAACAACACCUGGAACGGGGUGGUUCCAAUCCAAUCCAAGCCCAAUCCAACCAAGAUUCUCCGGUUAAACGCCGGUCUUAAAUGGGUCGGUGCUCAAGAGCCAUUGCACAAGGACAUCGAUGUGAAUGCGACUUGCGGUGUUGGGCCGGGUAUGGCUUUUGCCAAUUCACUGCUCAAUCAGGAUCCCAGAAUUGGUACCAUCGGUUUGGUGCCCUGUGCCGUGGGGAGUUACAUGGGCACCAAGAUUAGCCAAUGGGGCCGUGGGACUUUUCUGUACAGGCAAUUGGUGAGGAGGACAAGGGCCGCCGCCGGCGAUAAUAUGGGUAAAAUCCGGGCACUUCUGUGGUAUCAGGGGGAAAGUGACACCAAAGAUCCUCGAGAUGCUGUUAUGUACAAGAGGAGGUUGGAAAGGAUGUUGAAUAGUCUGCGGGCUGAUUUACAGUUACCUUCGCUUCAGGUUGUCGUUGUAGCAAUUACAUCGGGACAGGGGCCUUACGUAAAUGUGGUAAGAACAGCUCAGUUUGGACUCCAGCUUCCGAAUGUGAUGGUUGUCGAUGCCAAAGGUUUGCCGCUGUCGCCGGAUAACUUGCACUUAAGCACUCCGGCACAGGUCCGGCUUGGAGAAAUGAUCGCCAAGAAAAUACCUCCUUCUGAUUAG